ACCCGGUCAAAAGCAAAACAUCAAACUUCGAAAGUUGUGCGAAAUGUUUUGGUUAUUUUUAUAGUUUGAAAUAGUUACAAAACAUAAAAUUAUUAAUUAAAUUUAAAUCCAAUAACCAUUUCAAGAUUUAUUCCACAGUAAACUGUUUUUCAAAAUGGAGUUAACUAGGCCAUGGCACAGUAUCAAACAAAUUUCCAGAUUAAAGUUUUGUCUCAUUAGUGCUAAAAUUCGUGUGCCAGUCAGGCAAUAUGUAGUGUUAUUAACAAACAAAAGAUUGCUUCAAUGUAGUUGUGCUAUGAAGUUUCCCUUUACCUACAAUUAUUCCUCCGAGAACAAGAAACAUUUCAUAACCCUAGAAAAAAAAGCAUUGAAAAAUGCCUUUGAACACAAAAAAGAGCAACUGAAACAUACCGAACACAAAUUAAGGCUAAAAGGGGAAGAAAUUGUGAGAGACAUAAGACACCAAGGCGAAGUAACAGGACAAAAGUUACGUGUUAAAAAGGAACAUAUCAUUAAAGAUAUUUUAGAAACUAAAGCUAAAGUCAAGGAAAGAUUUGAGGAAGUUGUAGAGAAAGAAAAUGUCUUAACUAUCCCAAACAUCUUAUGUAUCACUAGAAUAGCAAUGUCGCCAUAUUUAGGUUAUGUAAUAAUCCAGAAUAAUUACAACCUGGCACUGGGGCUAUUAGUGUUCGCUGGAAUUACAGAUUUGCUAGAUGGCUGGAUAGCUAGAAAUUGGAAAGGUCAAUCAACAAAGAUGGGUUCUUUCUUGGAUCCAAUGGCAGAUAAAGUUCUCGUAGCAACUCUCUUUAUCUCUCUCACUUGGCAGAACCUCAUACCUAUUUCAUUGACACUGCUAAUAGUUGGGCGAGAUAUAGCAUUGGUUGUGGCUGGAUUUGUCAUUCGAUAUAUAAGCUUACCACCACCGCGAACGUUGAGUAGGUAUUUCGAUGUAACACACGCAACCGCACAACUUGCACCGACUUUUAUCAGUAAAGUGAACACAGCUGUUCAACUUCUAUUGGUAGGCACUACGCUGGCGUCCCCAGUUUUUGGUUAUGUUGAUCAUCCAGCAUUGAAAGUCUUGUGUGGAAUUACUGCAGCCUCAACUAUAGUGUCAGCCGUCAGUUAUCUAGUUAGUAAGGACACCUACAAAUUACUAAAGAAAAAAAUAUGAAUAUCGUGAAGUAUUGUGAAAUAUCUCUAUUCCCAUUUCGAGAUUAUUUUUUAUUGUUUUCAAAAUUUUAUUAACCAUCAAAAGUACUGUUCAUUUUAUUAAUUAUACAAAAUAAUGUAAAUAAAUUA